UGAAUAACUGUAAAAUUUACGUCUCAUUCAGGUACGUCAUAUUUUCCAUUUUUUCCCCUACUGCCCCAAUAAAUUUAAUUGAUUGAAUUUUGCCAAAUUAUGUUGUGUUGACCAAGAUUUAUGAGACAGACUAAGAAACAAUGCCAGCAACUGCAUCAUCCCAUGGCCAAGUUGGGGGUUUGGAGGUGGUGUGAGCACCAUGUGACGCGGCCGUCUUCCCCACACAAGGAGGCGCCCCGCUCCACAAAACACUCCUAAGUGCCGCGCGCCUAGCCAGUGUGGGUUUAGAGCGCCUGCCUGCCGCCGAAGAAAGAGCAAAACACAGCAUUCAAAUGCCAACCACACAAGAGUCCAACUCGCGGAGGUCGUCCACCGCGAGCCGCCGCCGCUUCAGUGCUGGACACUGGAUCAAGUCCUUGGUGUCCAAUAAGAAAUCAAAUUCAGAUCAAAGGUCACUAUCUCCCAGUACCGACGCUUCAGACAUGGAGGACGGAGUAGAGAUUUUGGUUCCGAGCGCCAGUGACGUCGUCUACAAAUACACGUGGAACAUCAAAAAAUUUGGCCAGAGCUGCCGCAAGCGACACAGUCCUGUUUUUGACAGCGAGGCCUUCGAGUUGAAUGUCAACGGCCUGCGAACCCGCUGGAACCUCAGCAUUCGUUUCUGGACCGGAAUGGACGGGUCGCGCCUCAUGAGCCCAGUAGUAGCAUGCCUAAAUUUGCUAAGGUGUUGGCCAGAAGAUUUACCAGGUACACAGGCCACUGUCCGCUUCCAAUUCGGCGUCCUCUGCCGGCAGAACGGACGGUACGAAAUGACACCUCUAGCGAGAAGCAUAGUGUCUUUGGGGGCCACCAAAAAUAUCGUCUCUGUUGGACACCAGGAUGUGGAAAUCGUUGAAAAACACAUGUUGUCCCACUCAGGGGACAUCCGUCUAGUCUGCAAAGUCCAGGUUGUCCCAACGGGCAGUGAUGACGAGCAGCACAGCCUCUCCCAAGACAUGGGUUCCUUGUUGUGCAGCUCAGACGACGACCUGGCCCCCUCAGAACUGCCGUGGGCCAAAGGUGACGUCAAACUGCGCGCUGCCGGCGGCGCCCUUUUCCCAGCGCACUGCUGCAUCCUUGGCGCGCGUUCGCCCCGCCUUGCUGGAAUGAUUUCAGACAUUGAUGAAAAAUUAGAAACCACCCCUACUCUCGAGUUGAGCGACCUGACCGCCGAAAACCUGCAGGAGAUCCUCAGGUACAUCUACACCGGCCGAGUGGAGAACCUGGACUCGGUGGCCGCCUCUCUUCUGGGGGCCGCCUACAAAUACGAGUUGCCAGGGUUGACCACCCUGUGCGAGAGGUCCCUGCUGGAAACUUUGGACGCCGAAAGUGUAGCCGCUAGGUUGCUUCUGGCUGAUGAAUUUGGCUGCGACGCCUUGAAGAGAGGCGCCCUGGCCUUUGUAGAAGGUCACGCAGGGCGGAUGCCAAAAAACAUGGCCUGGUCUGUGAUGGAGAUGGUCCGUCCUGAGCUCUUCCAGGAGGCCAUUGAGGCUGGCAUUGGGGACUCGGCGUCCAGCUUUGCCAGUUCCCUCAGUGAGGCCGGAAGCAACUCGCGCUGAUUUCACUGCAAAACUUAUACCAGAAACUGAUUGUUAACAAUAAUAUGGGAAUUAUCAUUGUGAUCAGAAUUGAAGCAAUUUGAUAAAAAAAAAUUCAAAAUAUUUUUUUUAGAUUAGACAAGUUAUUUACUUGCUUAUUUUGGACGAAUUUGCUUGAGCUAGACAAAUUUAUUGAAAAGUGGCAAAGCUAUUUAUUUUGUAAUAAAAUGGAAAAUUGUAUUGCUUUGGCAUGUAAUGAACUUUUUGAACUGACGGUGAAUUAAAAAUAUAAGCAGCACUCACAGAACACUAGUUGCAUUUCUUUAGAGAAUUGACAGCCAAAAUAUAUAUGUUACAAAUUUAAUGUCAAGUAUUUUAUGAAUAUAAAAUGUAAUUAUAUAGACCAUUGCUUUAUGUUAUCAACACAAAGUAUAAACUAUUAACUUUUCUCUCUCGUCUCCUACUAUAGCCGCAAGCUUGUUAUCAUCACAAAUAUCAAUGUGGUUGAAAAGCGCAAGAGAUUUUUUGUCUAAAGAAAACUACAAAAUGAAAGCUCUCAGCAUUUAAUGAAAUAAAUUUGCUUAUUUUUAAAUUUCCAUUUUGUUACCUGUAUUUAUAAUUUAAUAAUUAAUUUCCAAUUUAUUCUUCGCCAAACUUUACUUACAAGAAGUGUCAUAUCAAACUGGAGAAAUUAUUUAUCAUUUACAACAAAAAUUUAACAAAUCAUGAAUGUUAGUGUUAUUUGGAAAAAUAUUGAGUGCAUGUGGAAUAUCACUGGAAAAUUUUAAGAUGUAUGGGCAAAAAGUAGUGUUUAGGAGAGAAGUCUGAGGAUGUAAGGUUUACAACAAGUCAUUACUGUAUACAUGUCUAAUAAAUAAUAAAAGAGGUGGUGCACAGAA